GUCAAAAUCUGACAAACCUUCGUGACAUCGUAGAGAUUCUUAGAGACGUCAGAAAUGUAUGGGAUAUAUUUUAUAUGAUUUCAAAUAAUUAUCGAUCCAUUUCUUAUUAGUUUGAUCGAUAUCAUGCCCAUAGGCACUACCGGACAAAUUAUAAAAGUUGUUCUAAUUGUGAUCCUCAUCAUCUUAUUGGUAAUAGAAUUCUUCACACUAUUUGUGGGACUCGCUUUUGUCAUCCUUCCUGGUGUCAAAAAAACUCUUGUGCAUUAUGGACUAUUCAUGGUGAUAGUAGCAGGAUUGCUAAUAUGCCUCGCAUUUGUUGGACUGUGUGGAGCUGUACGAGAAUGUUACUUGAAGUUGUUUGUGUUUGCUGGUCUGUUGAUUGCUGUUUUGCUGGUCUCCUUAUUAGUCCAUUUGUUCAUGUUACCACCUGAAGAUGACAGCGAAACAAGCAGCCUCUUUUUGAAACACCAUCUGCCAAAGAGAUUUGAAAUAGAUAAAAGGGUUAUGAGCAAUAUCUCUGCAUAUUCGUUGAAGAUCUGGGACAACGCACAUCGAAAGUUCAAAUGCUGUGGGCUGAGUGGGCCCAACAAUUGGCUGGAAAUAAACCGGAGUAUUCCACAAAGUUGCUGUCAUUUCAAGGAUAAUUCAUCAGAUCCAAUCUCCGAAUUUUGUAGAGGAAGUAGUUACGGAGAUUAUGUUUACACAAAUGGUUGUGCGAAGUUACAGAAAUAUCGCGCAUGGAGAGGUUCUAUUAAAGAUGAUGACGAUAAUAAGGAUGAAGCGAGCAAUAUAACUAUGGUAACGAUUAUUCGGACAGCUGGAUAUUUUAUUCAGUUAGCCGCUGUAGUUUUAGCCAUUUGGCUUGGAAUACUGAUUUUACUUUCUUACCAUUGUGGAUACUACUAAGAUUUCAAAGGUGCCUACCUAUCCAGAAGAGGAAGCAAAAAUGGACAGUUUAUUUUUAGUAAUCGCCUGCGAAGAUUCAAGAAGAAUCAAUUAAUUUUUUUUUAUAUCGCUGUAGAUUUUUUUUAACAUAUAGCUAUAUUUUUCUGGA